CUUGCGGCUGCGUGGCUAGCAUUAAAACUGUCGGCAGGAUUUCUAAUGUCAUCAACAAUGAACGAGAUAAGACUUAACUAAAGGGUUUAUGCCAAUUAAACGGUCACACUUGUUCCCGGGAAAUGUCUGGAAAUCGAUACUGAGGGCCAAGAGUCAUCUUUAACAGAAUGAAUAUGGGUUCUAAAAAUAAGAAGCGCAUGGUCCUUCCUAGUCGUCCUGAGCCCCCCACUGUUGAGCAGAUCCUGGAGGACAUCAACAGAGCUUCUCCCAAUGACCCAGUCUUCAGCAUCCUGGACAACACACAACAAGACCCAACUACCAGCUCCACUGACAGUGAUGUGGAAUUGAAGUUCCAGCAAAGUUGCAGGUACCUGGAGCUGAAUGAGAAACUUCAGCAGACCAGGGGUCAACUUGCUCAACAGCGGGAAGAACUGCGGGCUGUGGGACAGCAGUUGGACUGCACUGUGGCAGAGGUCAAAGGUCGAGCACUCUGACCAUAGCUCCUACACCCUCUCCAUGUCAUCAGCGUCUUUGCUGUAAAAGCUCUACUCUGCUUGGGCCGAUACCUGUCCUACCAAGGAACUCAUCCAUGAAACGAGAAUUAUUCAAGACUGUAGGGUUGGAACAGGAGGUUAUAUUGUUCUUGGGCAGAGCACUGAAACCCUACAAACUCCAUGGACAGUGACCGAUGAACCCUGUAUAUUUGUCUCAAAGAUGCAGUGUGUCGCACUGAGUGUAAUAUCAGUGUCUGUUAAUUCCUAUUGUCAAGUCAAGUCAAUUUUAUUUGUAUAGCCCAAUAUCACAAUUAAUGUCAAUGUUUAACAGUGUGGAGUGUGUUUGCUUACCAAUAUAAUGCAUCGUCAGAGCAUUCUUCAUAGAACAUUAAUAAAUUUUUAUUUG